AUGUGCAUACACGAUGAUCAAAUUCGGAUGGAUCGUCGAUAUGACUGGGUUGGACCACCACAUCCAGUUUCAAAAAUUAGACCCAUAAAGCUACGUAGAGUCGAUAACGAGUCGGAUUUGGAGCGACAAUAUAGGGAGGCAAGGGAGGAGCUCAAUAGGUGGAAUUCCGCAUUUUGGGCCAAACAUAAUUCUCUGUUUGACACUAAGAAGGCGGAAUUUGUGGAGCAACGCAAGAAAGAACUUGGUCGGAUAGAACAGAUAUCUGCGAAUGAUUUGUCUGUUUUCUACAAGCAGUUUCUUGAUUCUCAAUACACUAGCAUGAUGGCGUAUAACAAAGCUCAUAAUUUAUCCGCAUUUUACAUAAUCCCUUGCAGUUAUAUGUAG